AUCAACCCCAACCCCAACGACUCCAACUCCAAGUCAAAGAGAGCAGCAAGAGCACGUGCCGGCCGCCGAUCAAAUCCACCGAGCAAUCGCGCGCGGCCGCCGAGGUGCCAAGGCGGCGGCGGUCGGUCGGUCUGCGAUAUACGAUGGCGGCGCCUUACUACGGAGGUCCUCCGGCGGCGCCGGCCCCCGUGGCGGUGGUGUCCCCGCAGUUCUGUGCGCCGUACGUGGUGCCCCUGACGGUGACCAAGAAGGCCAUCAGCCUCUCCGACGGCGACUUCACCGUCACCGACGCCAACGGCGCCACCGUGCUGCAGGUCAAGGGCGCCGUCUUCAGUAUCCGCCACCGCCGCGUCCUCCUCGACGCCGCCGGCCAGCCCAUCCUCACCAUGCUGGAGAAGGUAUUCAGCAUGCACAACAGAUGGGAGGUGUUCAGAGGGGACAGCUCGAACGAGAGCGACCUGCUCUUCACCGCGAAGAAAUCCUCGAUAUUCCAGCUGAAGACGGAGAUGGACAUCUUCCUGGCCUCCAACACCGCGCAGCAGGUGUGCGACUUCAAGAUCAAGGGCAGCUACUUCGAGAGGUCGUGCGCCUUCUACCUCGGCAACUCCAGCAGCAUGAUCGCCCAGAUGAACCGCCAGUUUACCGUCACCAAUGUGCUGCUUGGAAGGGACACGUUUGGCGUCACUGUGUUCCCGCACGUUGACUACGUGUUCGUCGCUGCUCUUGUUGUGAUACUGGAUGAGAUUCAUAGGGAACGGUCCGACUGAGGAACAUACCACACCACACCACCAAGCUUCUCCACCGUUGCUCGACCAUGCUAUGCUAUGUAUCAUCAUCACAGGUUAUUCUUGUCAAUUAUAUACUUUCCAUGUAUGUAUAUGUAAGUAUUAAUGAGUUAAUACACUAUCUCCUGAUGUAUAAGUUUUUCUUCAUCCAUUUGAAUAUAGACAUAAAAAUCAAAUGACUAUUAUUUUGGGAUGAAAUGAGUACUAUUUAGUGUCGAUU